CUGAUAAUGUUUGUCGGCGCAGGUCUUUGCAUAAUAGUCGUCGUUCGUCAGCCCUGGUGAAUUUUGUGCAUUGAAUUUUAAGCAUUUAAUUAAUAGAAAAAUAAAUAAAAACUAUAUUAAACAGAUAUAUAAACUAUAAAUUUGAUGAAAAUUAUUAAAAAUUUAAUGUAAUAGUUAAAGCGAGUCUUUAUUGCUGUAAGCAAUGUUGUGUAAAAAUACGUUCUAUUCGUAAGAUUUUCAUACAAAACGAAGAAGAAUAUGAAAUGGCAAAAUUAAGCAAUGUAUAAAAAAAAUUGAAAAAAAAAUUUUCAAAGUGUGGUUGGUGUUUUAGUGACGUGCAUAUAUAUAAAAAUAAACCCGAAAAAGGUGAUACAAAAAAUCGACGUCUGAGAAAAAAUAAAUUGUUGAACACAACGAAGUUGUAAAAUGUUAAUAAAAAAGUUAAAUGUUUUAAUAUAAUUUAAUAUUAAUUAUUAUUUUUAACCGGAUAGAGACAAAAUACGAGUUGAAAAUACUCCAAUUUUUCUAUAGGUGUAUUGCAAAAAAAAAAAAAAAAAAACAACGAGGUCGUUUAAUGCAGACUGACUAUUCAUUGGAAUCACAUGAAGAAAAAAAGUUUUACUGCAUUAUAUGAAAGUUCGAUAAUUUUGCCGGUUAUAAAUAUAUAUAUAUAUGUAUACUGAAAUAAGCAUUACUCAAUAAUCCAUUAACAAAGCAGUUUAACAGAGUGUUGUCAAUUUGUUGGUCUCUUUUUUCUGAUCGUCUCAUUAAUUGGUCCUUAAAUUGUAGAAGAACAGUCUAAUUUAAUGGCAUUUGUUGAAAUAUCACACCUACUGACUGCGUCACCGCCGCUGCUGCUGACACAUUCGUUGUUGCUGCUGUCGCUGUUCUCUUUUUUUGUUCACAAAGAUGAACAAUGAAAGUAUUAGAUCGCCUAAAAUUAGUACAACAGUUUCAACUACGUCUACAAACAAUAACUACUUUACAGGCAAUUCCAGCAGUAGUACGACAACAACAGCAACAUCAUAUUCAUCAAUAUCAUCAUCGCCAUCGUUGCCGUUGUCAUCUUUUUCAUCGUUAGCACCACUAUCGUAUUCAACCUCAACACAAUUUACUGUCAGCGCCUUAGCUGCAGUGGUCAAUGCAAGUAACCACUUGCCCGUUACUACGCCCCCCAACGCUGCUGCAGCAGUUGUCGCUGUUGCAGUUUCUUCAUUAGCUGCAGCCAUAAUUCCUGAUACACCAAUUGUAUCGAUUGCAGGUUCGACUUUAAGUGAAAUUACAACAACAACCACAUCAACGAAAACAACACCAACACCUGUACCAACAAGCAAGGAGACAGAUAGAAGCAACAACAACAGCAACAGAAACAACACUUUGAAUAGUAAUAGCAAUAAAAAUACAAAUAGUAAAGAUUUACAAAAUAAAACACAGCCUUCGUCACCAUCUUCCACUGAACAUCCAACAUCGUUAUCAUAUUCAUCUUUAAGAGGAUCCGCAAAGGGUUUAAAUUCAAUGUCGGUUGCCAAUUCUUCUGUUACAGGCGCAUUAACGAACGCCUCAACUACGGCUGCUAAUGCUGCUGGAGCUGAAAUUGAAAACAAUACGGUCAGCACGAAGCAGACAAAAGACAAUUUAACCGGUAGUACUAUAAAGGGGUCUUCUUCCACAACCAGUAGUGGAAUAACAGUUAUCAAAUCUGAUUCAUUGCCAACAGCGACAGAAUCGAAAUCAAUAACAGGAACAACUUCGUUAAAUUCAUCGUCUUCACAUCCAGUAGUUGUUAAUACUACUGUUUCUGCAAGCAAAACUGAUGAUAUCAAUGUCACACCUAAUAUAACUAAAUCAAAGGACUUUUUAUCUGAAUCAUGGGAAGAGAGCCGCCUCAAAGAUUGGGAUGACAGCAAACUCAAAGAAUUAUUAGAUGAAGCCUAUUCCUACAAAAAUCCUAGAGAUAAAGAAAAUAAAAGUAAAACAUUUUUGCAAUUACUUGAAAAGGCAGAAAAUGAGGAUCAAUCAUAUCCUUUCCGUGUAACUUCACGUGGAUCGCGUAAUUUGUCCAAUUCAAUAACGUCCAACAGUUAUCAUCAUUAUCAACAUUCACAGAGCCAUAAUCAUAAUCGUUCUCAUCAUCAUCAUAAGCAGGGUGGAUCUCUGCAAGAUCUCUUAGAAAUCGGUUUACAUGAAUCACAAUUGGAUUACGAUCAAACAUUUGGUAUUGGCAUCAGUGGUAAUCAGCGCACACGUCGACAAAAUCAUAAUUCAAGACAGAAAAAAUACUCCUCGUCAGUGUCAUCACGACAACGUGAAGGUGGUAGUUUGCCAAGCAACGUUAAUGUAACACAUCAAUUGAACGUUGGCGGCAGUGGUGGUGUAGUUAAUGAUUUAGGUUUAAUACAGCAAGAAGGUGGUACGCCAGGAACUGCCACUGGCAAAGCUAAUAAAAAAGAACAAAGGCGUAACGCUUCAAAAGCUGCUUCCACAACUACGGCUGGCAGUGCUGAAAUAAAAGAAAACUCCUGUUCAAGUAGUGUUGGAGAAUCUGCUGUUACUAGUUCGGAAAAUACAACAACCUCCACAAAUUCCGCAUUUACUGCUUCGGGUGGUGAUUUCAUCAUUGACAUGGGAGAACCCAUGAUGGAUAUACAGCAACAACAGAAAAUUCUACAAUGCAAGGGUCAAGAUGCAGCCACACAGGGACAUCCAUUUUACGAACGUUUAGCCAAUAAUGACAAACGUAUACCAAGAGCCAAUAUUGGUUCAAAGAAGGGCACUAAUUUUACUCCGACUACUUCACAGGUGUAUGUCGAUGAAACGGUACGUUUCAAUGCAUUGGAACAGAAUGGUGGCACAAACAAUGGGCCAACUUCAUCACAAAUCGAUGCGAAAUUUUUACCCUUAGACGAAAAUUACAAAUCCUGCAAAUCUGUUUUAGGAAGCAAUGGUGAUAAAUCACCAGAAUUGCUUGCCAAAUCAAAUUCGAUUUAUACAAAAAUAUCUUCACCUGCCUCUGCUGGUUCCGCUGUUUUGACUGGAACCACAAACAAUAUUACAACUUUGACACAACGUCAACUUGAUGAGAAUGGUAAUGCUCUCAGUGAAUUAUAUCAAAAUUCCUCCGGUGCUGGUUCAGGACCUGGGGCAACUAUACAAAUAAAUGCUGUCUCACCUACAGCUGCUAAUGCGUCUGCCGCUUUAUUGAAUUCUUGCGGCAAUGUAUCGACCUCGGCCACUGUAACCAUAUCGCCACACACCGCAUCAACCACAGUCUCAACUUCGGCUACAGUUACUACAACAUUUACCUCUGGACCUUCGCAGGCGAAGGCUAAAGCUAAGAAAAAGUCCCAACAGGAACGCAAUACGAAAACUGUAGAUGUUGAGUCUGUAGCAGGUUAUCGAGGAAAGGAUCCAGUUGAAGAAUUGGUUAAAUAUAUUGAAAGUAGUGGAGAGGAUAAACAAGCAGGUUCAGGCUCUAAGUCGGGUGAUAAGAAAAAGGAACGUAAAAAGGACAAGGAAAAGCACCAAAAACUCAAGAAAAGUAAUUCUCUGGAAGAAUUGCGUAGUGGUGCUAAAAUGGAAGUACAUGAACUUAAGAGAACUGCAGCCACAACUGAAAGUAAUGCUGUCCUGGUACGACAAAAAAGUAGUGGUGCUGGUGGCGGUAAACAGAAUAAAAAUAAUUCAUCUUCUACGGCUGAUAUCAACAAGAAUUUAGAGGGCAAAAACACAACACAAACAGCAACAAAUUCUCGUAAAUCCGAUCGCAGAUCGUGGGGAAAUGAAGACUUAAAAUAUUUGGAAGAUCAACAGAAUGCAAAUUUAUCAAAUGAAGAGAAAACAGCCGCUACUGCUACUUCAGUAUCAGCUAAAGAACGUAAAAGUAAAGUAGUUAGUGGUUGUUUGUCCACUUCUUCAAAGGAAGAAAAGGAAAUGAAAGACAAAACUAAUGAACGUAACGAACGCAAUUUGGUCAAUAACCUUACGUCCACAACUACGAUACAAGUUGAAAAAUCUGAUAAAAUAGAAAAAAUCGAAAAAACCGAGAAAUCAGAAAAAUUUGAAAAAUCGGACAAAUGUGAGAAGAGUGAAAAUAAAUUGGAUAAAUCGGAAAAACGUAAGAAACAUGAUAUUCCCCCAAAUGCUGUUACUGUGGUCGAUAUUCUAGCCAUAGAAUCAGUACUACCAGAAACUGCCGAAUUUCAUGUGGUUACCAAGAAGAAAAAACCCAAAAAACAAAAGGUGAUCAACAAUUUAGAGGAAACUACCGUCACUUUCAAUCGUACGCACAACUUUACCAUGCAAAAAACAACAACAUUUAAUCAACAACAGCAACAAAUGACUGUUCGUUACAAAUAUUAUCAUCAUGAUAAUUCAUCGAACAGUGGUAUUUCAAAUACAAAUACCAGCAGUCAAAAUAAUCAUCAGCAGCCAUCGUCACAGCAGCAGCAGCAGACAAGCAAUUUUAACACGAAUGCUGUUGGUACAAUCAAUUCUCACCAUCAUCAACAGCACCAAAAUCAGCAACAACUACAACAACAGCCACAUAAUUCAACUGAAAGUUAUACUAAUACUACAGAUAAGUCUAGACGUAAAUCAACUUCAUCCGUGCCACCAUCAGAAAAAUCUGACUCAAGUGAUCUCGAUUCGGUUCAUUCAUUACCAAUUGAAUCAUCCAACAAAGCAAAUAAUGUUGCUGUAUCAACAACAACUUCGAAUACAACCAAGGGAGGAGGAGGAGGAAAUACGCAGCAAAGAACAAAAGGUGCUAAAAACAAUAAUAACAAUGCAAUUUUGGGAAAUAGUAAUUCUAAAAAUCACAAUUCACCGGCUCCAAUUUCGUAUGCAGAUAUUGCAAGAACAAAUAAAGAAAUUGCUGAUGCUGCUGCCGCAUCUGCUUCUGGUAUUUUAAUAAAUAAUAAUGAAAUGUCCACUGAAUGCAGAAAUGCUGACACUCUUGUACACAAUGCAAUGACAACAACAGAAUCACAUAAUACCGAUGAAAAGCCGGCGGCUAUUGUCAACCCGACGACAACAACCGCAGCCACAGCAGCAAGUGCAGCUACUAAAUCACACAAAGUUAAGAAAUCGCAAAUUAAACAAGAUUUCCCUGAAUUAGCCGGCACUUCUUCCGCUGCUCUCGCCGACGAAAAGAUUCCUAGUACGAAUGUAAAUCAUAAGACUAUAACGUAUUCUCAAAGUUUAACUGCUGUAACAAAUCCUACACAAAACACUAUAUCAACUCAAAGUCAUAUUGCAGUUGGUGGUGGUGCUGCUGGUGGUUUUAGUUCGGGCAGCGAAUCUUCGCCUUCUUCCUCUGACAUUAAUACCAAAGCCUCGCCAACGGAGCUGCAUAAAAACAUAAUUGUACAUCAACAUGCCAAUAUUCCUCCACUUCAACAUCCACAACAGCAGAUUUUGCAAAAAUCCAAAAGUGUUGAAAACGAUUCCAUUAUUACUUCCACAAAUUCUUCGUCAUCGUCUUCAUCUUCUUCUGCCAUUUUUAUGGCUUCUCUGAAUAGUAACAACUUAGAUCAGCAAUAUCCUGCCCUAGAAAAAACAGUCAAACGUCAUAGUUCAGCCAAUGUAACAAUGAUUGGAACGGCGGCAAAUGCGACCAACCAGACGCCAUUCAAUUUUGCGGCAGCUGCCAAGCAACAAAUUGCUGCAAAUGUCUCUGAACAAUAUAAUAUAAAUUCAAAUAAAAACUCAGCCUUAACUACCUCAAAUACUAACAAUAACAAUAACAGCAACACAAUACAAGCGGCAUUAUUAAAUAGCACCAGCUCUAACACAAACGCCAACAGCAACAGUGGAAACACCACUAAUAACACUAAUAAAAAAUCCAAAGAAAAAACUCCACCACUACUUUCAUCGACAAGUAAUCCAACUGCUGUUGCAACCAUACAACAACAAGUCAGCCAAGAUAAUAAUGCGACUCCAACAACAACAGCAAUAUCGACAUCUAAUCCCAAAAAAUCCAAAAAAGAACGUCAACAGCAGCAUCAGCUGCAACAAACUUCAUUGGACAGCUCUCAAUCGAAACAAAAUCAAAAUAACACUAACACUUUACCUAAUAAAAAGCCAUUAAAAGCACCAUUGAAAUCUUCAAACUCAUUGCCCCUGGGUUUGACAAUAUCAUCGUCAACUUCUGCGGCUGCUGCCAGUGGAGCCAGUACUACGGCAUCAGUUAAUCGUCCUGCUGUUAUCAUACUUAAUGAUGAUCGCAACCCUGUUAGCUGCACCGCAGACAAUCAAUUCACAUUUGGCGACUUCAAUGAAGAAGAAUUAAAAUUAUUUGACGAUGACAAUUCUGCUGCUACUUCUGUUGAAAAUCCCAUUGAUAAUAACGAUAUUAAUGUAAAUCUAGCGCUGGAAGAGGACGAGGAGAAACACCAGCAAACUAGUAAUAACGACACAGUAACAAAGUCACCACAAUCCACAAUGUAUUUUAAUGAUUCUGGAGCCUCAUGUAGCAAUGACAUGGUGAAUAAUUCAACUUCAGACAUGUUAUUAAGUUCAAGCAUUGAUGCAUCGUCUCCCAAUACAUCAUUCGUUGCCAAUAGUCAUGGUAAUAAUGGCGGAGGAGCUGUACAUAUGCCAGCGCCCAGUAAUAAUCAGUCCAGUGAUAGUGGUAUCUACACCGAUAAAACAAAGUCAUCAAAUAGUAGUUGUAGUAACAGCUCUAGUAGUGGCAUAGUAGGCAGCAGUGUUGUUUCAGCUAAACAAAAACAAAAACAACAAAUUUCACCCACAAAGGAGGAAAAUAAACUAAACACUUUUCUCUCGAAUACCAGAUGUGCUAGUGUUCAUACAUCAAUGGAUAAUUUAGAUCCACCACUACCACCGCCACAACAAUUAGAGACAUGCAAUGAUAUAGAGACUGCUAUUAUUGCGGCAGCUCGUGCGGCUGCCAAACACCAUCAACAACCGCCCCCAACGCAUCAUAACCAGCAUCAGCAACAACAAUAUAAAAAUUCAAAUAAUUCAUCAAAUUCUAGUUCCUUCUCAUCAUCGUCACUUUCCUCAUCAACAGCAUCAUCAUCAUCUGCAUACCAACAGCAACAGCAACAGCACCAUCAUCAGCAUCAACACCAUAACAGUAAUAUUAAUAGUAAUAAAAAUUAUCAAAAUCAACACGGCAGUGGCAGUAGCAGUGGCAAUGUGAUGUCAUAUCAUCAGUCCCAACAGCAAUACGAUGAAGACUAUGAUGAUAACGAUGAUGAUGCCUUUGCCAAUAAUACUCCACGUAGCCGCAGUCCUAGUCGUCCAAGACGUAUUUCCAUUGCAGGCGGUACAGUGGCCAACAAAGAGUUUGACAUUCAUUUUAUACCGCCCACAACAAUGCCAACAGCAUUUAGUACGCAACAACAUAAUGACAUCAUUAUUGAUUUUAUUGGUUCUGCAUGGGAAGAAGUCGCAAAUAGCAAAGUUACAAAGGUCUACGAUGGACAAUAAAUUUAUUAAAAAAAAACUAUGCUGCAGCAGCAUUAUCAGUAGUAUUGUAAUACAUAUUUCCUCCAUCUCAAUAAUAUCAACCUGUUUUUUUUAUUGUAAACGCUAUGUUUGGACUUAAAAACAGCCGCCUCCUAACGACAAAAAUCAAGCAAUUAACAAACAAAGAAUAAGAGAAAUAGUUAUUUUUAACAAAACAACCGUAAACAUUUUUUACGAUUUUUUUUGUAUAAUUAGGCAACAAAACAGACAACGCAGAGUCAGUCGCAGUCUGUCUAAAACAAAACAAAA